CAAAUGAAUUCUGCAGUGUCAUUCUUAAUCUUUUUCUUUGUUCUUCCUCUUGUAUUAGCUGACCUGCAGGUUGGUUUCUACGACUCUACCUGUCCCCAAGCAGAAUCAAUUGUCCAACAAGCGGUGCAAAUUGCAUUCUCUAAGGAUCCAUCCAUAACGGCAGCCUUCCUACGCAUGCAUUUUCACGAUUGUUUUGUUAGAGGUUGUGAUGCAUCUAUACUAAUAGACCCAACCAAGAACAAUUCUUCGGAGAAAGUUGCUGGGCCAAACCAAACCGUAAGAGGAUAUAAUGUUAUUGAUAAGGCGAAGAAAAGCCUAGAGGCUGCAUGCCCUUUAACCGUUUCAUGUGCAGAUAUUAUCACUUUGGCAACUCGUGACAGUGUUGCUCUAGCUGGAGGGCCUAAUUAUACAGUGCCAACCGGAAGGCGUGACGGACUAGUGUCGAAUCCAGACGAUGUGAACUUGCCAGGACCAGGAAUCUCUGUGUCUGGGGCAUUGAGUUCUUUCACUGACAAAGGGAUGGACAUCAAUGAAAUGGUAACCCUUUUAGGUGCACACACUGUUGGGUUUGCACAUUGCUUCUUCUUUAGCGAUCGACUUUCCCCUCCUGACCCUUCAAUGGAUCCUACUUUGUUUGCCAAGCUCAAUAAGACAUGUGCCAAGAAAGCAUCCGCUACUGUAUUUUUGGACCAAAGUACCGCCUUUACAUUUGACAACCAAUUUUACAAUCAAAUACUUUUGAAGAAAGGUAUAUUGCAAAUUGAUCAGGAACUUGCACUAGAUAAUUUAACCGCUAGUAUUGUUUCUGGUUUUGCAUCAAAUGGGAUUGGAUUCCAAGACAGCUUUGCAAAAGCUAUGGUAAAGUUGGGGAGCAUUGAAGUUCUUGUUGGAAAUGCUGGGGAAAUUCGGAAGAGCUGCAGCGCUUUCAAUAAAAAGAAAAAAGGGGUCUUUUGA